CAAUAUGCGUUCGCGCAGCAAUUCAGGCGUACGCCUGGACUAUUACCAGCGCGUGGUGCAUCGCCUGAUUAUGUCCCAUCAGGAACCAGUCACCGGAUUGUUUCCAGCAUCCAAUGUAAAUUCACAUGCUUGGAUCAGAGACAAUGUCUAUUGCAUCUUGGCCGUGUGGGGUCUUUCAAUGGCCUAUAAGAAAAUUGCCGAUCAGGAUGAAGAUCGUGCCAAAUGCUAUGAACUGGAACAGAGCUGUGUUAAGCUAAUGCGUGGUCUCCUCAUGGCCAUGAUGAAUCAGAAGGAUAAAGUUGAAAAAUUCAAAAUGACCCAGAAUCCAUUGGAUUCGCUACAUGCCAAAUACUCUAGCACAAAUGGUCAACCUGUUGUUGGCGACGCCGAAUGGGGUCAUUUGCAAAUCGAUGCUGUCUCUUUGUAUCUUUUGAUUUUGGCCCAAAUGACUGCCUCCGGCCUGCAAAUUGUCUUCUCAUUGGACGAAGUGUCCUUUAUACAAAAUUUAGUAUUUUACAUUGAAUCGGCCUAUUGCAUCCCCGAUUAUGGCAUAUGGGAGCGGGGUGAUAAAACAAAUCACGGUGAACCUGAACUCAAUGCCAGUUCUAUUGGUAUGGCUAAGGCUGCUCUGGAGGCAAUGAACGAGUUGGAUUUAUUUGGUGCUCGUGGUGGUCCCGCCAGUGUAAUACAUGUCCUCGCCGAUGAGGCCCACAAAUGUCAGGCUGUAUUGCAAUCAAUGUUGCCACGUGAAUCGAAUAGUAAAGAAUUGGAUUCGGGUCUUUUGUGCGUAAUCGGAUUUCCCGCAUUUGCUGUCGAUGAUCCACAAUUGAUACGCAAUACCAAAGAUGCUAUUCUGCAACGUUUACAGGGUAAAUAUGGUUGCAAACGUUUUUUGCGGGAUGGUUAUCGUACACCGAAAGAGGAUCCAAGCCGUUUGUACUAUGAACGUUGGGAGCUGCGCAUGUUCGAGAAUAUUGAAUGUGAAUGGCCGUUGUUUUAUUGUUAUUUGAUAUUGUUUCAUGCAUUUCAAAAUGAUAAAAUGUCUGUUAAGGAGUAUGCAGAUCGGUUGGAGCAAAUCAUGGUACGUGGCGAUGAUGGUAUACUUCUAAUACCCGAAAGUUAUGCUGUGCCACCAGAUGCUGUCUCGCAAGAAUAUAAACAUCCCGGUUCGGCACCCAGAGAAGUUGUUGGCCGUUGUCCAUUUUUAUGGGGUCAAUCGUUGUUUAUAUUGGGACGACUAUUGCAAGAGGGCUUUUUAGCUGUUGGUGAAUUAGAUCCGCUGAAUCGUCGUUUGGGUGCCCAAAAGAAACCCGAUGUUGUUGUACAGGUGGUCAUUAUUGCCGAAGACAAUGAAAUUCGUGAUAAAUUGGCGGAAUCGGAUUUGCAUGUACAGACCAUUGCUGAGGUUGCACCCAUUGAAGUGCAACCCGCUCGUGUUCUCAGUCAUUUGUACACGUAUUUGGGUAGAAAUCGUAAAUUGGGUUUAACCGGACGUAAAUCACGUGAUGUGGGUAUAUUGAGUACAAGUAAAUUGUAUUCAUUGAAAGAUAGAAUAUUUGCCUUUACACCUCAGCAUAUCGAUUAUGAAGAAUAUUAUACUACACGAGAUCCUGACUUGCUUGCAAGUAAUUUCACCACCAAUUUAGCUUUCCUAACAAAUAAUUGGCGUCAUAUGUUAGGAAGACCUACCAUAACUUUAAUGGCAACACAUUAUAUGCUAGAUCAAGAUAAAAUACCCUUGGCGAUGAUACAAACAAUGCGUAAAUUAAAAUCUGGCUAUAUCAAUGGCACCCGUGUUAUGUUGGGUAAUCUAAAAGAUUUUCUCAAUACAUCGGCCAUCACAGAUUUAAGCUUCUUGGGUAGUACCGAAGAUGGUUAUCCGGAUCGUUUACAUCCCGACGUUCAAACCUAUUUAGAUGAACAUUUAUUGCGUUCGUUUAGUCAUCGUAAUAUGAUGAAUUUGAGAGCGGGACAAUUGAGGCCAAGACAAUUGAGACGACGUAUGUCGUGUAAGGGUGCCAUCAAGAAGACACGUUCGAUUAAUGUGGAUUCGGACACCUUGGGCAUGGAAGGACCCACACCCAUAACCGAAAGACGUUUAUCAUCGAUAAUUGCCCCACCCUGGUUGCAGGCAAAUAAACAGGCUCACUCAAGCACAUUUGCCAUAACACCUGAAGAAGCUCCCAACAACAACAGUAACAACACCACUACCAGUUCAGAUGUUUUGAUACGAGAAAAUAUCUAUCCCAUCGAUAUAAAUCACAGCCGUUCGUCAAUGGAAAAACGCAUACAAAAUGUUCCCAAAAUUCUUGUACAACGUCAUCGUACCGAUACAAAUUUUGCCGAUACAGAAGUUGAGGAGCUGAUUGCAAUGUUGCGUGAAACGGAAAAUCUCGAAGAACAAGGUGAUAUUUUACAAUAUUUGGUGGAUACGCAAGGAUUGGAUUUCAAUACAGCCGGCUUAGGACUUAAAAAUAAAACAUCUUCUUCUACUACUUCGCCUGAAAUCGAUUGCGCACUUGUGGAUGAAAUUCUUGAUUCCGAAACCGCUUUAAAAAGUCCCCUAUUUGCAAAGCCUCCCAUACCACCGCCACCCGUGGUGAUUAUAGAUGGAUCCAACUCCAAUAAUUCUUCUACGCCCCAUAAUAAUAAUAAUCAUGCCAACAUUACUAUUAAUAUAUCUCAAUCCGAAGGAAUGCUGGAAGAAGGUCGCGUCGUUACCGUUCGUGAUCUACUGAAAGGUCUUUACGAGAAGGCCUGCCAACAAAAACUUUGGGGUCUGGUCCGCCAUACAGCCGGUAUGUUGGGCAAGCGGGUUGAGGAUUUAGCCAAGGCCGUGACAGAUUUAUUGGUGCGUCAAAAACAAGUAACCGUUGGUAUGCCACCGAAUAAUGAAUAUACUAUAACGGCUCCGUUGCCCGAGGCUGAUCUUAGGCAAUUGAUACAUGAUGCCUAUGGUGAUGACGAAAGUACAGCUAUGUUAACGCAAGAGUUAAUGGUCUACUUGGCCAUGUUUAUACGCACAGAGCCCCAACUGUUCCAUGAAAUGUUACGUUUGCGUGUCGGCCUUAUUAUUCAGGUUAUGGCCAAAGAAUUAUCGCGUACUCUAAACUGUGAUGGCGAAGCUGCUUCAGAACACCUCUUGAACUUGUCACCAUUUGAAAUGAAGAAUUUGUUAUAUCACAUCUUGAGUGGCAAGGAAUUCGCCGUGAGCAGUGUUGCCCGUGGUAAUCUCUCGAUUGUCAGUUGCAAAUCGAGUCGUGUAAGUAAAAAAUCCCAAAUCGGUUUGGGUGAUCCGGAGGGUGAAGAUGCUAUAAUUGCAACUAUAGAUGAUCGUCAAGGCCAAUGGUUGAGACGUAGACGUUUGGAUGGUGCUUUAAAUCGUGUACCACGAGAUUUCUAUUCACGCGUUUGGAGUGUUUUGGAGAAGUGUCAAGGUUUGGCAAUCGAAGGACGUAUUCUACAACAAAGUUUGACACAAGAAAUGACUCCGGGAGAGUUGAAAUUUGCAUUGGAAGUUGAGACAGCUCUCAAUCAAAUACCACAACCGGAAUAUCGCCAACUCGUGGUGGAGGCUCUUAUGGUGCUGACAUUGGUCACUGAACAUAAUAUGGUGCCAAAUUUGGGUGGUAUAAUCUAUGUUGAACAUUUGGUUCACAAGGCAAAUCAAUUGUUUUUGGAAGAUCAACGUAAAGUGCAGGGCGAUGCUACGUUGUGCUGUGCCAAGUCCAAAGAUGGCAAUCAACAGCAUCAAGCUGCUUCGGGUAUGUUGUUGUGCGGUGGUGCUGCUUAUAUCUGUCAACAUUUAUAUGAUAGUGCUCCCAGCGGUAGUUAUGGUACCAUGACCUAUAUGGCACGCGCCGUGGCCUUGGUAUUGGAUUGUGUUCCUAAACAUGGUGAAAUGGAAUGUGCCAUUUGCUAAUAUGUACUAAUC